UAUUACAUGUUUUAAAUCAAAUACUUUUUACCGCGAGUGAUUUGAUUUGAUAAGAUUGUAAACAAAAAUCAAUACAAAAUAUUAUUUAACUAAGCUUACGAUAUGCCACAAGAAAACAGCUGGAUAUCCGACAAUGAAAUACAAGGCGCAAGACUAAUACCACGUGGGGGAAAAGAAGUUCUUUCCGGUUUCGAUUUCCCAGUGUUUUACUUCGGAGGUCAAGGGUCAUUCGUGGACACGUGCAUGAGGGAAGAAGGCUACAGUAUGUCGGAGUUUAAAGGUCAGGGGUCAUUCGUGAACACUUGCUUAAGGGACGAGGGCUACAGUAUGUCGGAGUUUAAAAAACCCAAGCGAGAAGACAAGUCAGCCCAAGAUCUUAGCUUCGUUCUGCCUCGUUCUGGGGGUGACAUGGAGCCUCGUUCUGGGGGUGACAUGGAGCCUCGUUCCGGUGAUUGCACAGAGCCAACGUGUGGAGCAGAGGCUCAAAACACUGAAUCAGUCUGA